AUGGAAUCGGAAGUAAUCAAGAAAUUCAACAACGAACUCUCCUCAAUCCACGAAUCAAAAGCGCCUUCAAAAGCCAAAAUCCAGGAAAUAACACGUGCCGCUUUAAAAGCCAAAUCGCUCUACAAACACGUCGUAUUCUCUGUGGAAAAGUUCUUAAUCAAAUGUAAACCGGAGCAUCGUUUGCACGUUCUUUAUAUCAUUGAUAGCAUUAUUCGAGCAUCAAAACAUCAAUUCAAAGAAAAAGAUGUGUUUGCUGCAAGAUUCAUCAAAUCUUUUGAUAAAAUAUUAAAACCACUUCUUGCUUUGAAACAUUCGGAACAAAUGAAAGUUAUUCGAACUCUGAAUUUAUGGCAGGCAAACGGUGUGUACACGAAGGAAGAGAUUGCGCCAUUUCGAGAGAUUUGCGAGAAAAAUGGGUUGGAUACAGAUUUUGAGGCGGUUGAAAGAGCUGUUAAAGGAGGAUCAGCAGAUAUGAGAAUAUAUGGUGGAAGUUAUAUUAAGAAGGUGAAGACAACUUCAGUGAGAUCUACAACUCCAACAAUUCCGCCUCCUAAUGUAGGAGAUGGAUUAUUGGGUGCAAAUCCAUCGCAUUUUGUUCCAAGUGAAGAAUAUUUAGAGGGAACAAUAUCGCAAAGAGAAAUGCUUGAUUUGAUCAGACAAACAGGUUUCGAUCAAUUCGGCCGAUUUCAAAAAGAUCACAGUCUUCUGAUUCGCGCUCACGUCAUCUUUGUCAACAAUUUGUUGGCACGAAUUCAACGGUUGAAAGCGGAACAAGCGGCGGCGGCGGCGAUUCGCGCGAAAAGUUUGGCCAAUGUGCUGUCGCAGGGUUUCAAUUAUUCGGAUGAUGAAGAUGAAAAUGGAGAGGAGAAUCAGGAGAGCAAAGAUCCACCGCCAUUGACGAGGGAAAUGAUUUUUGAGUAAGCAAUUUUGGGAGCGGAGGGGGGGGCUUUUUGAAAAUUUCAAUCAUUUUCACAUGGAAAAACCUAAAAUCCACGUGGCAAUCAAAAUUAAGCCGCGAAAAGAUAAGAUUCUAAAUUUACUCAUCGCCACGUUGAUUUUUGGCGCGAAAAAUUAGAAUUUUUACUGUCAAAAUGAUUUUUGACGCCAAAAUGUGAAAAUUUCAAAAUUUUCUUUUAUUUUCACAUGGAAAAGCUUGAAAUCCACAUUAAAAAUUUGAAUUUUUUGAUUUUCGAAGCCAAAAUUAUGAUAACGUGUUUAAUUUUGGCUCUAAAAUCAAAUUAAAAAAAAUUAAAAUUCAAAAUUUUGGAUCCAAAAUUUUUGAUGACGUGGCAAUAGAAAAUUACAGAAAAAUUGAAGAAUUCUGAAUUUUUCCCAAUUUUUGAUGACGUGGCGAAAAUUGAGUCAAAAAUCCAAUUGGAAAAUUAAUUUUCGACCUGUCACAUUAAAAAUUUGAAAUUUUUGAAUUUCGGAACCAAAAUUUUUGAUGACGUGGCAAUAGAAAAUCAAUUUUUAAAAAUUAAAAUUCAAAAUUAUGAUGACGUGGCAAAAAAUGAGCUAACAAAGCUUGUAAAGCAUUCUGAAUUCCGGACCUGAAAUUCCCUAUUUGAAAAAAAAAAUCAAUUUUUGCAGCAUGGCUCGAGAAUUGAUCAACAAUGAAACUGUUAAAGAAGGGCUGAAAUUAUUAUUGUCUGAAGCUAAUGUGAGUUUUUUGGGGGAAAAAGCUUGAAUUCAUCAAUUUUUUUAAUGAAAAUCCCUCUUUUAGAAUCGUUUUUGGCUCAAAAAUGAUCUCGCAAGAAGAAAAAAUUUUUAAAAAAAUAUUCAAUUUCCCAAUUUCCAUUCCAGAAACCUCCAGCUCAACCAGAAAUCCCUCCACAAAUCGCCAAUAUCGCAGCCGCUUUUCCACCUCAACUCAAUCCCCAACUUCUUCAAGCAAUUCAAGCUCAAAAUCAACAAUUAGCUGCUCGUUUUGCUGCUCAACAACCUCCUCCAGUUGCUCCACCAGGAGCAGGAGUGCAAAAUGUGCCGCCACCCGGACUUCCACCAAAUAUUGCUGGAUUAGUUGGUGGACAACAAUUACAGCAACAAUUGCAAGCAUUGCAGGCAUUCGCUGGAGCUGCGCAAGGACAAGUUGGACAAGUUCCAAAUCAGCAACAGGUUAAUUUUCAGGUGAGCUUGGGGGUUUUGGGGAAAAAAUCUGAAAUUUAUGGAAAAAAGGCUCAAAAAUCCAUUUUUCCUCAUGGAAUUUGAGAAAAAGAGGCUUCAAGUGACCUAGAAAUCUAUUUUUGGAUUUCUAGGCCUUCUGAAAAUUCAAAAUCUUGAUUUUUCGCUAAAUUCUUGUCAAGGUGGCCUAGAAAACCAAGUUUUUUUUGGAUUUUUGGGCCAUAUGAAACUUCAAAAUAUAGAUUUUCAUUAAAUUAAGAUCAGGUUGGCCUAGGAAAUUAUAAUUUUGGAUUUCUAGGCCAUCUGAAACUAACAUAUCUAGAUUUUCAUUGAAUUCGGGUCAAGUUGGCCUAGAAAACCCAAUUUUCUGAAUUUCUGGCCUAGAAAUCUCAUUUUUGGAUUUCUAGGUUACUAAAAUGCUACAAAACUCGGAUACCAGAUGGCCUAGAAAUCCUAAAAUGGAUUUUCUAGUCCGCCAGUUCAAAGCUCUGCUUUUGGCCGAAUUUUAGAGCCCGUGACCUAGAACACCAAGUUUUAGAUUUCUAGGCCAUGAGGUCAAAAAAUGAGUUGGAAAUUCGGGAAAUUUGAAAUGUGAUAUUUUUUUAAAGUUUAACCUGAAAUUAAGAUGCUGAAAAUGAAAGUCUAGAGCUCUAUCCUAAAAUUCUAAAAAAAAUCCCACAAUAUUUUGUUGUUUUCAGGCUGCUCAACAAGCUCAACGUGCUCUUCUCAAUCAAUUAAUAUCUCAAAAUCAAUCCACACUUUUACCACUUGGUUUACCUCCACCCGGUGUUCCACCACCUUCUUCUUCUGCUUCUCAACAACAACAAUUAGCUCCUCCACAGGGACCACCUCCUCCUUUAGGUGUUCCUCCACAAUUUCAACAUCAUGAUCCAAAUGGAAUUAUGGCACAACAAUUGGCGGCUCAACAACAGAUGAAAAUGUUGGAAAAUGAAAUGGAAUUUGUGGCUGGAGUUGAGAAUGAGGUGAGGCAUUUUUAAUGGGAAAAUUUGGCUAUGACGUGGCAAUUUUUUCCUAUAAAAAAUAUGUGAAAAUCCGAAAAAAUGAUUAAUUCAAAAAAUUUGAGGAGAAAACUAACAUGAGCAAUCAUAGUUUUUCAGCUAUGACGUGGCGAAUUUCUGAAAUUUAUCUUGAAACAAGUUUUUCAGAUAAAAAUUCCAAUUAUGCUCAAAAUUUCUAGAAAAAUCUUUUUUUUUCAGAAAAAUUUUCAAAAGUUUGAAUUUUUAAGAAAUUGAGAAAAAAACUAACAUGAGCAAUCGUAGAUUUUCAAGAUUUUGAGCUAUGACGUGGCGAGUUUCUGAAAAAUUGAAAAAAGAAGAGUAUGAGCUCGAAAUUUCUCAAGAAAAUCCGAUUUUCGACGAAAAAAUGGUUAAUUUUUAAAAUUUGAGGAGAAAACUAACAUGAGCAAUCAUAGAUUUCGAGCUAUGACGUGGAGAAUUGCUGAAAUUUAUCUUGAAACAGAUCAAAACAAGUUUUUCAGAUGAAAAUUCCAAAAUCAGAUUCUUUUGCUCAUUUUUCUAACAUGAUCAAUCAUUUUUUAAAUAAUGAGCAAAUUAUUUGUGAAAAAUUCAGGUUUUUUUGUUGAAAACCUACGAUUUUCCUACCUAAAAAUGUGUGGGAAAUGCUCUGAAAUCCCAAAUUUUUUGUCUGAAAAUCCCCCAAUCCCUCCAUAUUUACAGCACGAAAGAAGUCGUCAUGAUAGCAGAUCAUCUGGUCGAUCACGUGAAAGAGAAAGAAGUAAAGAAAGAGAACGAAGAAAAUUUGGAUUGCCACAAAUCAAAGAAGGAAUCACAUAUAGUUAGUUGCAAAAAUGAAGAAAAUUUUUGGGUUUUUUUGAAUUUUUGAACAUGAAAAAUGAAUUUUCAAAAGGAAAUCGCCAAUUUUUUGCAGUUGCUUCUCGAACUCUUUGGUUCAAAAAAGUGCCGCCAAACUGCAGUGAACUGGAUUUGAAAAAAGCUGUCGAAUCUUGUGGCGAAGCAAAUCGCGUCAAAAUCAUCUCAAAUCGAGCUUGUGCUUAUGUAACAAUGGAAAAUCGAAAAUCGGCGAAUGACGUCAUCAAUCGAUUGAAAGAAGUUGAAGUGGCGAAGAAAAUGGUGAAGGUGAGCGGGGUUUUGGGAGGGUUUUUAGGUUAUGGGGUGAUUCAGGUCGAAAAAAAACUAAUGGGCCUAUGCAGAAUAAUAUUUUGUAAUAAAAAAAACAUUUAAAAACAUAUUUUUCCUAUGCAGAAAAACGUCAAAAAAACAGAAUAUACAGUUUACUAUUUUUGAGUAGAGACAAUGUGAAAUUGAGAGAGUGCAGACAGUUUUUUGUAUUUUUUGUGCGAAAAAUCAAUUUGUCUGUCUGCACUCUCUCAAUUUCACAUUGUCUCUACUCAAAAUAGUAAACUGUAUAUUCUGUUUUUUUGACGUUUUUCUGCAUAGGAAAAAUAUGUUUUUUUUAUUACAAAAUAUUAUUCUGCAUAGGCCCAAAAAAAAAACGUUUUUUUACAAAAAAAUUCGAUUCAGCAAAUGUCAAAAAAACUUUUUUUUCCACACAAAAAUGUUUUUUUUCGACCUGAAUCACCCCAUUAAAAAUAGUCAUUUACACGUAAAAAUAUUCAAAAAGUUGAAAAAUUGUUCAAAUUGAAGUUUUGAAUAGAAUUUAUCAUAUAAAUUUUUGAAAAACUGAAUUUUUGUGGCCCUGAGGAAUGAGUUUUUAUUAAAAAUUGACCGAUUUUUGAAUUAGUAGGUUUCAAAAAAUUGAAAAAUUUAAAUUUAUCAUGAAAUUUUCAAUAAAUUGAUAUAAAUUUUUUUGAAAACUGAAUUUUUUGCCCCAAAAUUUAUUUUUCUUCAAAAAAUACAAUAGAAAUUGCCACGUGGCAGAUUCAGAAAAUUUUUAUGAAACUUGAAAUUUUAACUUAAAAAGGUACUAAUUCACCGCUGAACAUUUAUUGGAAUAUAAAUUUUAGGCUCAAAAUCCACGUGGCAAAAUUUUCAACAAAAAAUACAGUACGUGGGAAAUUUCAGAGAUUUUUUUCAAUUUUUGGAUCAAAAAAAUUCAAACAAUUGUUUCCCAAAAAUUUUUAAAUGAAAAUUUUGAAUUUCAGUAGAAAAAUUCGUUCAAAAUCUCAUUUUCCCCCCAAAAACCCCAAUUUUCUUUCAGGUUUAUUGGGCUCGAAGCCCCGGAAUGAACGAAGAGCCAUUUUUCAAUAUGUGGGAUAUAGAUAAAGGUGUUAUCAGUGUACCGUAUGACAAAUUACCACCACAACUCGAGAAAUUGUGCGAAGGAGCGAUAUUGGAUUUGGAAAGUUUGCCCGAAAAAAAACGACAAAUGUAUAAGGAAAAUGGCGAGAUUCAAUUGAAUGCACAAAUUCAACCACAAACUAGUCAGAAUUCGGCCAUUGCUCAUCAUAAUAAUAUUCAAUUGCCACCACCGCAGCCAAUUCAGACAUCUGCUGGACUUCCACCACAAUUUUAUUCGGGAGGUGAGCAUUUUUUGGAGAAAAUUUGAAAGUUUACAUGAAAUUUUUUGAAAAUCUAAUAUUUUUUAUGAAAAAUAAUUGAUUUUUUUCGAAAAAUUCAACAAAUCUGGAGUAAUUUUAUCUGAAAAACUGGAAAAUCUGAAUUUUUGAAAUUUUUCCUAAAAGUUUUGAAACAGCCGAAUCUAGAAAGCCUAUUUGUCUAGUGGCUGAGCCUAGAGAACCCAUUUGUCUAGGACCCGCGCCUAGAAACCCUAUUUCUCAAGGAGCCGCGCCUUAAGCCCCGUGUGACAAGUAACCGCUCCUAGAGAACCGAUAUGACAAGGAGCCGAGCCUAGAAAGCCCAGUUGUCAAGUAGCUGAGCCUAGAGAACCUAUUUGUCUAGGAGCCACGCCUUGAGAAUUUCUAUGGCAAGGAGCCGCGCCUUGAGAAUUUCUAUGGCAAGGAGUGGCGCCUUGAAAGUCUAGUUCUCAAGCAGGCGCGCCUAGAGUUUCGAGAUUUCUCUCAUUAUACGAAACUAGUUUUGAUUUGAAAGACUUUCAAGCAUUCAACAGAAAAAUCACAUGAAUUUGAAUGAAAUUUGACACAUUUUUACUGAAAUUCGAAAUUUUCUAAAAAUUAUCCUUUCGGACCAUCAAAACUGCUUGGGUUACUGUAGAUUUUGGAUGUUCUCUUUGUUUGUCCAUGAAACAUAUCACUAAAACCACCUAAAAACCCAUUUGCUUCAUAAAAAAAUUUGAAACGUAUUUUUUUCUGGGAUAAAAAUUGGACAGAUUUUUGAGGAAAGGAUGAAAUUUGACAAAAUUCACUGAAUUUCAGAUGAAAAAACCAGUUCCAACAAAAUUUCAGAUUUUUUUUUGCAAAAAUUUAAGAAUUUCAGUCAAAAAGUUUCGUUUUGAAAGAUUUUCAAGAAUUCAGCAGUAAAAUCACAUUUUUAUUCAAAAUUUGACCAAUUCUUGUUCAAAAUGAGAUUUUUGGUUGAGAAAGGGUACAUUCUCAGUGAAAAAUAUGAAAUCGCAUUGUUUUUGCAGUUCCUCCACCCGGUCUCCCAUCUGGUUAUCCACCAAUGUUACAAACUGGUCGACCAUUCGGUCUUCCUCCACCUCCACAACAACAACAGCCUCAAUCAUUCCCGCCAGCUCCUCGUCCAUAUGGUGCACCCCCUCCAAUGUAUCCACCACUUCCCGCUGCCCAAAUUCCCCAUCUCCCACCUGCAAAUACAGCUCCGGUGACUCCUUAUCGUGCUCCGCCGCCGCCUGCGAAUGGUUUUGCCGCCGGCGGCGGAUUGCCGCCUCAACAUCCACACUCAAAUAUGUAUCAACGUGGACCGCCGCCAAGAAUUGGAGAAAUGCGAAGGAAUGUGGAUAAUAAUUAUCAUCGAGGGGGAGGAGGAACAGAGAAUAAUGAACGGUUUAGGUGAGAAAUUUUCACAAAUUUGUGAUUUUGGGCUUGAAAUUUGAGAAAAAUCCGUGAUUUUUGAACUUACCAGUUGAAAAAUUGUGAUUUUCAUGUCAAGUAGGUGAAAUUUUGUGCAUUUUACCUUAAGUAGGAGUUUUCCGCUAAUUUUUACGUAAAGUAGGUGAAAUCCGCUGAUUUUUUGGUCAAGUAGGAGUUUUCCGGUGAUUUUUACGUAAAGUAGGUUAAAUUUGGUGAUUUUUUUACCCGAGAAGUCUAUUUUUGGUAAUUUUUCAAAAGUUUUGCGCUGAAAAUGCUGGAAUUUGUGAUUUUCGAUGAUUUUCAGCAUUUUCAUCGUUUUCAGCACAACAUUUUAAUCUAGAAAUAUCGAUUUUUAAGGUUGAGAGGUCAGGGGAUCGAGUCCCCAUCAGAACUAGUCUUUUCUUUGUAAAAAAAAGCUUCUAGGUCUAAAUUUUGCGCUGAAAAUGCUAAAAAUCACGUUUUUCGAUGGUUUUCAGCAUUUUCAGCAUUUUCAGCACAAAAUUUUGAUCUAGAAGUGAGGAUUUUCGAAUUGAGAGGUCAGGGGAUCGAGUCCCCAUUAGAACUACUCUUUUUCUUUGUAAAAAUAAGCUUCUAGAUCAAAAUUUUGCGCUGAAAAUGCUGGAAUUUAUGAUUUCCGAUGAUUUUCAGUAUUUUCACCAUUUUCAGCACAAAAUCUCUUAUUUUCAGCAGAGAUCGCGAAUCGGAUCGUCGACGCUACGAUGAUCGAGAUCGAGAAAGAGAUCGCGAUCGCGAUUCAACGCGUCGCAGAUCUCGUUGGGCGAGAGAUGAUGAUGAUAGAAGAGACGAUAGAGAAAGAGACAGAGAUAGAAGAAGAUCACCGGAAAGAAGAUCGAGAGAUUUGAGAAGAAGUCCGAGUUAUGAUGGAGGACAGGAAAAAGAGAAGGAAAAACAAGAGGAACAGAGAAAAACGGGUGGAAAAGAGCAGCAAAAUGAGCAGGAAACAACACAAAUUACAGUUGCUGUGCCUGAAAAUCCGAUUCGUGAGUGAAAAUUUGGGAAAAUGGGCAAAUUUGAUCAAAAUCUAAAGAUUUUUCAUUUUUAUAUAAAAAACCUGAAAAUUUGAAGAAAACAGUGAUUUUCCCACGAAAUUCUGGAUUUUUAGCUCAAAAAUUCAAAAUUUUAUCAAAUUCUAUUGAAAAUUUCUAAUUUUAAAAAAAUCCUAUGAUUUUUCAUUCACUGAAAUUCAUAUAUUUCAAUUUUUAUCAAAUUUAAAAUGAAAAGUUGAAUUUUCACCCAAAAAACUAGAAAAUUUGAAGAAAACAGUGAUUUUUCCACGAGAUUCUGGAUUUUUCAUUUUUAGCUCAAAAAUUCAGCCUUCUCUCAAGAAAAUUUAGAAAUUUCACUAAUUUCUUGAAAAAAAAAUUUGAAAUUUUGUUGAAACCAAAUUGUUCUUUUCAAGUUCAGAGAAAUUUGUCAAAAUUCAUGCUUUUCUCAAAAAUCUGUCCAAUUUUUAUCCCUGAAAAUAAUACGUUUCAAAUUUUUUAUGAAGCAAAUGGGUUUUUCGGUGGUUUCAGUACUGAGUAUCCACAUACUUUGAAAAAAAAACUAGAAAAUCCAAAAUGAUUUUUUGCGCCAAAAUCUACAGUAACCCAGGUAGUUUUGAUGGUCCGAAAAGAUAAAAUGUGUCAAAUUUCAUUCAAAUUCCGAACCUUUUUAAAUUUCAAUUCAAAAUCAUGUUCAAUUAGUCUUUCAUCACACUUUUCUUGAGUGUUUUGAAAAAUGAAUGAGAAGAAUCUGGACGAGGGAAUUGUUGGCAUUUUUUGUUAUAAUACAUUUCGCUAAUCGCAUCCCAUACUCCAUUUUGCAUUUCAUAAUGUGCAAUAAUCAAACCAUUGACAAUUUUUCGAUCCUGUUUCCAUUCAUAGUUUUUCCCGGUUUGAAAUCCUUUAUGAUUUUUAGCGGUCUCGAUAUAUUUUUCAAAUUUAUUUCUUAGAAUAAUACGAAUUGCUGGCCAUUUUUUGUCCAAAAACUGAAUUGCUGUGAUCAAAUCCUCGUCAGUAAUCGCUUCAUUUUUAGCAACAUAACCUAUUCCGCCUAAUGUUUGCAAAUCAAAAUAUUCUUCAAAAUUUGAAGCAUCUUUUAAUUGUUUAUCUGAUGCAAAUUUAUGAUUUUGAUAUGUUCCAGAAUACUGUGAUAAUCCCAAAACUUUUCGCAUUUCUGAAUUUACAAUAACUUCCAGAGAUAGAUAAAUUGUGCGUAAAUUGAAUACUUGAGCCCAUCCUGUUUUGUAUUUGUUUCCUGAUAUUUCGUCAUGAUCUUCUUGUGAUAGACAGGAUUUUUCGAUUUUUGAUAACUCUUGGGACAUGUUAAAUGAUGAGAAAGUUGGGAUAACUCCUGCAAAAUACAUAUUUUCAUAGAAAACAAAUUCUAAUUUAUUUUACCUGCAUUUAUUUGAAGUGCGAAAAAUAGACAAAAUAUUAGUUGUGUUAUCAUAGUCACAAGAAUAAUAUAAUAACAAAUAUUUGAAUAUCUAAGUGACAUUGACCUAUUUUUGACAUUUGAUCUUUAUCUGAUAUGAACUUCUGACUGAAAAUCUAAAAUUUUGCACAGAAAUCUGUCAUUUUGGACCCCAAAUACCUGAAAAUUAGAGAAAAAAUGACUUUCUUCCGAAAUUCUGAAUUUUCUAUUCAAACUAGGGGCUAUUAGCCCCCAGGCGUAACAGUCUUCUCAUUUAUUUCCGUUUCACUUUUUUCUGUGAUUAUUGUCAAAUUUCUGUGGCUAAUUGGCUUACAAUCAAAUUCAUUGAAAAUUUCAAUCAAAUUUUUAGAAAAUUACAAGUUUUUUGAUCAAAAAAUGAUUCGUGGCAAAAUUAGAAAGGCUUUCUAAUUUUGCCAUGGAUGAAGUCAUCGAUCAAUUUUCGAAAAAAAAACCUAUUCAAUUAUUUUUUUGAAUUAAAUGUACUCGUAAUAAAUUGAAUUCAUUCAAAAUUUCAAGUUUUUUGAUCAAAAAAUGACUUGGGCCGAUUUUUUUGAAAAAUUUCGGGUUGAUUUUUUUGAAAAAACUCGGGCCGAUUUUUUUUGAAAAAUCUCGGGCCGAUUUUUUUUUCAAAAAUUCGGGCCGAUUUUUUUUGAGACCUGAGUAAGAAGUUACAGAUUUGGAUUAAUCCAAAAAUGUAAAAAUGAAGUCGAUGAGUUUUUUUUUCAAAAAUCUCGGGCCGAUUUUUUUUGAAAAAAUCUCGGGCCGAUUUUUUUUUGAAAAAUCUCGGGCCGAUUUUUUUUCAAAAAUUCGGGCCGAUUUUUUUCAAAAAUUCAGGCCGAUUUUUUUUUCAAAAAUUCGGGCCGAUUUUUUUUUCAAAAAUUCGGGCCGAUUUUUUUUUGAAAAAAUCUCGGGCCGAUUUUUUUUUCAAAAAUCUCGGGCCGAUUUUUUUUUUGAAAAAAUCUCGGGCCGAUUUUUUUUUCAAAAAUUCGGGCCGAUUUUUUUUCAAAAAUUCAGGCCGAUUUUUUUUCAAAAAUUCGGGCCGAUUUUUUUUCAAAAAUUCGGGCCGAUUUUUUUGAAAAAUCUCGGGCCGAUUUUUUUUUUCAAAAAUCUCGGGCCGAUUUUUUUUUGAAAAAAAUCUCGGGCCGAUUUUUUUUCAAAAAUUCAGGCCGAUUUUUUUUCAAAAAUUCAGGCCGAUUUUUUUUCAAAAAUUCGGGCCGAUUUUUUUUUCAAAAAUUCGGGCCGAUUUUUUUGAGACCUGAGUAAGAAGUUACAGAUUUGGAUUAAUCCAAAAAUGUAAAAAUGAAGUCGAUGAGUUUUUUUCAAAAAUCUUACAAAUGAAUUACAAUUGAUUUCAUCAAAAAUUUCAAGUUUUUUUGAUAAAAAAAUGACUCGUGGCAAAAUUAGGAAGACUUCCUAAUUUUGCCAUGGAAAAUCAUUUUUCUGUAUUAAAAGUACUCGAUAGGGGCUGUUAGCCCCCAGGCGGGGCAAUAUUCGAUCAAAAAAUAGAAUGUACUCAAUAAAUGCUCACUAAAAUUUUUUCUGACAAUAAUUUUUUUCUGAAAAAAGGUAGAUUCUUUUUCUCACGUCAAAAUUUUUCAUCGAGCAUUUCUAAGCAAAUUGAUGGUCAUUUCUUGUGUCAGAAAUGGUCAAGUGGUUAGAUCACGUGUUUUUUGUUCAGAAGGUCCAGGAUCGGAUCCUUUUGGACGUUCGCGAAGGUAUGAUUUUCGGAAAAAAUGGGAAAUGUCGCAAUUGCGACAUUUCAAAAAUGAGAACAGGGGGGACCCUAUUGAAAAAUCCUUCUUCCAUCGAGACACCACCCAAUCGGGAUUUUAUUAAAAAGGUAGAAAUUUCAAAUUGAUCCAAGUCAGAUGAUUUUCGAUUUUUUAGCCCAAAAAAUCAGUCUUCUCUCACGAAAAUUCAAAAAUUUCACCAAAAAUCUGAAAUUUUGUUGAAACUGGUUUUUUCAUCUGAAAUUUGGUGAAUUUCAUCCAUUUCUUAUUUUUUCCUCAAAAAUCUGUCCAAUUUUUCAUCCCUGAAAAUAUUACGUUUCAAAUUUUUUAUGGAGCAAAUGGGUUUUAGGUGGUUUCAGUAUUGGGUAGUACAUGCUUUGAUAAAAAAAACUAGAAAAUCCAAAAUUAUUUUGUGCUCCAAAAUCUACAGUAACCCUGGCAGAGCAAUUUUUCAGAAAAAUUCAUAGGAACAUUUUGAGCUCAUGAAAAUUUGACCAAAUUUCUCCAAAAAUAAACCCAAUAUGUUUUUUUCAGCCGACGAUGAACAAGUGACAUCAACAACUCUCGACGACACAACAAAAGAUCUACCAUCUCAAAAUUGCGAAGAAGAAGCUCCGCCCACUUCUGAACAACAAAAUCAAAAAGCUCAUAUUCCAAUGAUAAUCUCAAGUGCUGAUGAAUGUUCGGAUGAUGUUCCAAUGGAUUUGGAAUAG